AUGGUGAAACGGCCCAAGACCGGCCAGCAGGUGCGCUCGCUCCCCCCGCGUGUUUCCGCCUGCUUAUCCCCCUUGCCCCCAUCUCCCCUCCCCCCGCGCCCGCCAAUCCCCCCCUCCCCUUGUCCCAUUGAUCCCCCCCUCCCCUUGUCCCACCCCACCGUGCUUGCGCACAUCAUGUCUCUCCUCAACGCUCGCCACGACUACAGACAGCUUGAAGCUCUUCCUGCUCUCCGAGUCAGUCAGUCAGUCAACUCCCAGAGUGCAUAUGCCACAUCAUCUCCCACUCCUACUCAAAGUGGAUCCAACUCCACGGUGCUUGCGCACAUCAUGUCUCUUCUCAACGCCCGCCACGACUACGGCCUGCAGCUGUUCCUGUACUCCACCGUACUUGCGCACAUCAUAUCCCUCCUCAACACUCGCCACGACUAUGGUCUGCAGCUCUUCCUGCUCUCCAUUGACGAGGGGAUUACGGGGUACAGAGACGACUCACUGGAGACAGUCAAGCGGAACGAGAAGCAGUACGGCAUCCCUCUCACCAUCCUCUCAUACAAGGACCUGUACGGGUGGACCAUGGAUGAGAUCGUAGCAACGAUCGGCCGCAAGAACAACUGCACGUUCUGUGGGGUGUUCAGACGACAGGCCCUAGACCGGGGAGCAGCGCUCCUGGGAGCAGACAAGCUGGUCACGGGGCACAAUGCGGACGACUUUGCCGAGACGGUAUUGCUCAACCUCCUGAGAGGCGACGUGGCGAGGCUGAGUCGCUGCAUCUAUUCUCCAGACGCCUAUCGAGGCUUCGCCCGUGAAUUUAUCAAGGACCUAGAGGCCAUACGGCCGCGAGCCAUUCUGGACAUAAUCAAAUCAGCAGAGGACUUCAGAUUCCAGGCCGAUGCGAAGAUGCCAACUCAGCGCACCUGUGACCGAUGUGGUUACAUCUCCAGCCAGGAGCUGUGCAAGGCGUGUGUGCUCCUGGAGGGGUUGAAUCGCGGGCUGCCCCGCCUGGGCGUGUCUCGCACUCGCAGGAAAGAUGGGCAAUACACUGCUGCUGCUGGUGCUGCUGCUGGGAGUGGUGCUGCUGCUGCUGGGGAUGGUGGUGCAACUGCUGGUGAUGCUGCUGCUGCUAGUGCUGCUGGUGCUGCUGGUGCUGCUGAUGCUGCGGGUGGUGGUGCCACUGAUGCAGCUGCUGCUGGCUAG